AUGCGUCCAGUAGCCUGGCUGCGCUGGGCCUCCCUGUUGCUCCUGGUUACGUCUGCCCAGCCCUGUCCUCAGGGCUGUGACUGCAUCAUGUGGGACGUCUUCUGCUCCGAGGAGGGGCUGGCCGCUGUGCCGCUGGACAUCCCACUCAACGCCACAAGCAUCGUCUUUGUGGAGACCUCAUUCUCCACAGUAGGCACCAGGGCCUUUCACGGCAGCCCCAACCUCACCAAGGUGGUCUUCCUCAACGCGCAGCUUUUCCACCUCAAGCCAGAUGCCUUUGGGGGGCUACCCAGGUUGGAGGACCUGGAAAUCACCGGCAGCUCUUUCUCCAGCCUCAACGCUGACAUCUUCCCAGAGGAGCUGUUCCAUCCCCUCGCCAGCCUGCAGACCCUGAAGCUGAGCAGCAACGCCCUCUCGGGCCUUCCCGAAGGCGUCUUUGACAAGCUGGGCAGCCUGCAGGAGCUCUUCCUGGACAACAACGUCAUCUCCAAGCUGCCCGCACGGCUGUUCUCGCGGCUCCGCAGCCUGGAACAGCUGUGGCUGCAGCAUAACGCCAUUGCGCACUUGCCGCGCACAGCCUUCUCCUCGCUGCGCAACCUCACCUUCCUGAGCCUGCAGGGCAACGCGCUGCAAACGCUGCCCGAAGAUCUCUUCGCUGCCACCCCAAGCCUGGCAGCGCUGUCCCUGUCCCAUAACCGUCUGGAGACUGUCGCUGAGGGCACCUUUGCCAACCUGAGCCGCCUCACUUCCCUCACUCUUUCACACAAUGCCAUCACCCACCUCCCGGCUGACGUCUUUAGGGACCUGAAGGAGCUGGUCAGGCUUUACCUGGGGAGUAACAACCUGACAGUCCUGCACCCCAACCUCUUCCAAAACCUGUCCAACCUGGAGCUGCUCAGCCUCUCCAAGAACCUCCUCACCACUGUCCCCGAGGGCGUCUUUGACACCAACUACAACCUCUUCAAUGUCGCCCUGCAUGGCAACCCCUGGCAGUGUGACUGCCGCCUGGCCUACCUCUCCAGCUGGCUACAACAGUACAGCGACCGCCUCUUCAACAUCCAGACCUACUGCGCUGGCCCUGCCUAUCUGAAGGGCCAAAUGGUGCCUGCCUUGGAGCAGAGGCAGCUGAUAUGCCCCGUCACCAGGGACCGGCUGGGCUACCAGGCCCCGGGCCUGGAAGACUGGGAGCUGGGGAGCCCCUGGGACCUGGUCGCCGAGGAAAGGGUGGCACGCAGCCGGUGCACCUUCAGCAACCCCGAGGGCACGGUGGUGCUGGCCUGUGACGAGGCCCGGUGUCGCUGGCUGAGCAUCCAGCUGUCCUCUCGGCAGGGCUCGGGCAUCCCGGGACUGGCCUACAACGCCAGUCAGGAGUGGGACUUGAAGUCCAGCUGUGGCUCCAUCCGGGUCACAGUGUCUCUUGAGGCCCUGGCCGGGGAUGCCUAA